AAUGGCGGACAGAAUUUUAUUGAACGCGACCAAAGGAAAACCUAAGUCCCUCAGCAUUUGUAACAAGAACUUACGGAACGUUCCACCAAUAAUUGGAAAAAUAACUUCCCUUAAAACCGUAGACCUGAAAAACAAUACCUUAACGGACCUUCCAGAUGAAUUUUCUUCUCUCAAACAGCUCGAAUCCUUAAACCUUGGGAACAACAAGUUAGAAGCUCUUCCAGAAGUCCUCUCUUUUUUAGCUGGCUUGCAGAAGCUACAUUUGUUUAAUAACAAGUUAAGAGAACUCAAUUCUGUUGUCCUCAGUGGGCUCCAAAAACUCACUUUUUUAAAUCUGAAUGGAAAUCAGCUGAAAACAUUGCCAAGUGAAAUAAACAGGUUGGUGUCAUUACAGUUUCUCAGUGUAGAUCACAAUGAGUUACUCAGUGUUCCUACAGAGAUUUGUCACUUGAUCAACCUCACAGAACUACAUCUUGCUGAUAAUCAGAUAUCAAGUCUUCCAGAAGACAUGGCGUUUCUUAGGAAUCUUACAAAACUCUAUGUGUACAAAAACUUUAUUGAAGAGUUGCCAGAGGGUUUAUCAAAGUGUACCCAGCUCAGAGUACUGGAUGUGUCUGCCAAUAGACUUAGAAUAUUCCCAGCUGAGUUGGCGCAUCUUCCCCUUAAGGAACUUUAUUGUGAAGAAAACAAUCUUUUGCAACAUAUUCCUGUUCACUCUCAACAAGAAGAUGAAGUUUUGACUCUGAAGGAGAUUACAGCUCGCUCAGUGUUGAAGGAUCUCAAAAAUGGGCGAUCGUUUGUAAAGCGUGCAAUACGCCAUUACCCAAAGGUACAGGAGAUGUUACAAUACGCCAGUGAAUGUGCAGUGUGUGGACAAUCUUUCCUUAAUACUUGGCUGGAGUGUGUACACUUUGUGGAUGCCCAUAAAAUUCUACGAACAAGAACAAAGACAGGAAUCAUUCCAGUACGAGGACUGUUAUGUUCUUACAAAUGUUUCAAUUCCGAAGGACAUGAUUAUUAUGGGAUUGCUUAUGUUGACACUUGAGGAUACACUUGGAGACAUCAAAGGUCGUGUAACACGACGAUAUAUUUGUGAAUAUGACUUCCAAAAAGCAUCUGCCUCCCCCCCUGAAAAUAUCGGCGUUACAUUCUUCGAACGCUUCAAUAGAGAUUUGAUUUUGAGGGUUUUACGAAAAUUCGUCCUCAUCUUAACGUUAACUUAAAAGUAACACGUACGAAGAACAUUCCUUGCGUUUUCCCAUCCUUUCUCGAGGUGACCUUCUUUUACUUUAAUCAAACUAUUCAAUCAAACUAUUUUGAACGCCCGCCAUCCUCUUUCGCUCAGCUGAACCUUGGCAGAUUUAUUU